AUGCAUAUCCUAAUCACCAACGACGAUGGCCCGCCCUCGGACCAGUCCUCACCAUAUGUACACUCUCUGGUCUCUACACUCCAGAGGUAUGGACACACAGUCUCGGUCGUCCUACCGCAUACUCAGCGCUCAUGGAUUGGCAAAGCGCAUCUUGUGGGGAAAUCCAUAAAACCAACAUACUACCGCCCCGCACCCCUCCAAACCACGUCCGAAGGCCGCCUCACCAACCACGGUAGCACCCACACCUCGCCCCUCCCACCCCACAGCACAGAGGAGGAAUGGAUCCUCGUCGACAGCACGCCGGCCUCAUGCGUGCAAAUAGGGCUAUACCACUACUUCUCCUCGCGCGGGCCAAUCGACCUGGUCGUGUCGGGCCCAAACUACGGCCGCAACAGCACAGCCGUCUUCUCCCUCUCGUCCGGCACCAUCGGCGGCGCAAUGGAAGCCGCUGUGUGCGGCAUGAAGUCCAUCGCCCUGUCGUACGCCUUCUUCGACCGCAACCACGACGCGAACAUCAUCUCGGGCGCGAGCGACCUCAGCGCCAAACUCAUACAGUACCUGUGGGACAACUGGGAUGCGAAUACGCAGCUUUAUACAGUCAAUGUGCCUCUUGUGGAGAAUGUGGGCGAGAGGAAGGUCCUCUGGACGGAUAUGUUGCAGAAUACUUGGAAGAGUGGGAGCUGCUUUCAGGUCGUUGAUGUACCCUCCGGAGAGGACGAUUCGCCUAGUGAGGUCGAGAGCCAGAUACGCAAACAGGAGGAGAAGCUCGGGAAGAAGGAGUUGAAGAGUCAUGCGGACGUGGGAAAGGGUGGCGCGAGUGGUACCGAUUCGGGGCGGGACACGCCGUCCGGCCAGGGCCAUGUGCGGUAUACGCAUAAGCAUUUCAAGUGGGCUCCGCUGUUCAAGGACGUGUAUGAGAGUGUGGAGCAGAGUGAGCCUGGGAAUGAUGGCUGGGCUGUCGCGCAGGGAUACACCAGCGUUACGCCAUUACGAGCAAACUUCAUGCAUGUGAGUGGUUUCGCCGGGGAGAUCAAGUUGGAUUCGAGCUCGUCAUAA